AUGCCCGUCGCUUUCGUCGCAGCAUACGAGAAGGGGUCCAACGUUGACAAGGACUACUACGUCAAUAAGCAUAUCCCUCUCGUGACCUCAACCUCCACGUCCCUGGAUGAGAACGACCCGUAUGAGGCCGUCUUCCAGGCCGUGUUCGAGAGCAAGGAAGCUCUCGAAAAGUCGCUCAAGGACCUGGGAGAGGAGCAGAAUGCUACGUUCUAUGAGGACGCGAAGAAGUUCUCAACCAAGGAGCCCAAGGUGUAUCACAUGGAGAUCCGGGCGACUUCCAGCUCCUAG